AUGUCAAGAUGUGAAUUGGAAAGGUUAGAAAAAUCGAUCAAUCAACUUAUUUCAAUUAAUUCUUUCUUCUCCACGACUAUGAACAAAAACGUCGCACUCGAAUUCGCCAAGAAUAAUUCAAAUGUGCCGAGUACUCAAUUGAUACCAGUGCUGUUCAAUAUUCAUGCUGAUACCCAAGUAGGUUUAACAAAGCCAUUUGCUGAUAUUACUAAACUGAGUGCACACAAACUAGAAUCUGAAGUUCUCUUCAUGUUGGGUUCAGUAUUUCGACUAGACAAUAUUCAACAUGUUCAAGACGGUGAUGAUCAAAUGACCAUCAUUGAAAUGUCAUUGUGUGGAGAUAAGCAUGGUCUUAAGAAACUUUACAAGCAUAUGAGAAAACAUAAUGGUACUGGUGAUACCAAUCUUUUCUCGUUUGCCAAUGUAUUAAGACUGAUGGGAAAAUAUGACGAUGCUGAAAAGUAUUAUCGACGUUGCCUUCAUGAAAUGUCUUCAACUAACCCAUUGUUGGGCGAUUUGUAUUACAAUCUUGGUUUGGUUCUCAAAUAUAGAUGCGAUUAUGAUACAAGUUUCGAACUUCAUGAAAAAGCACUGAAAAUUUUGAUGCAACGUCUUCCAUCCGAUUCCUUGAUUAUCGGCAACAUUCACAAUAGCAUCGGCGAAAUCCAUUGGGCAAAACAUGAUCACGAACGGGCACUACAAGCAUUCAAUCAAGCCGUCCAACUAUUUCAACAAGCGAAUCUUAAUGAUCAUUCUGACAUGGCCUUGUUUCUUGACAAUAUCGGUCUUGUUUAUCAGCAACAAAAACAUUAUCCAGAAGCACUUAUUUACUGUUCGAAAUCGCUGAGUAUUCGACAGCAGCGUCUACCAUCUAAUCAUCCUGAUUUGGCGAUGUCUUACAAUAAAGUUGGUAUGAUCCGUUGGAACCUCGAUCAGUCUGAUCUCGCAAUCGAACUUUUGCAAGAAGCACUCAAUAUCAGAAAGAAAGCACUCCCUACUCAUCAUCCAGAUAUUGCUUUAUCUUAUAGAGAUUUGGGCGUCGUUUACGAAAGCACUGGUCAAUACAAGCUUGCAUUGAAAUCAUUUCGACAGGCAUCAGAGAUUUACUCUAACGUAUGGAAAGAUGAUCAUCCAAAGAUUGUCGAAAUUCAUACAUAUAUUGAAAGUGUUUCGCAGAAAUGUCCAAAUUGA